CUAGUUUAAGAUAUAAACUUUCAAACAGAGGUUUUCAAAAUCUUAAACUUACCUUCGAUUAAGGUCAUCCAAAAACCGAACAGCGGAUCCGAAAUGCUCACUGUCGGGUUGGGUGGUAUCCCCAAACGAGUGCCUCAAGUUUGGGUAUAUUUUGGGGCGUUACACUACAUCCUCACCUGGAUUCUUCGCCCCCGGGACAGUAGCCACACUUGUCUCUUCAACGAGGAUCUCAAGGCGGUUCAUGCUAUCACCCAUGGCGCCUCGAUCAACUGGGAAAAAUAUGUCAUGAUUCACAUGGCGGAUUGCGCCUCCAUCACCACCGAGCGGAGCUUGCCAUACGCCUUCCUCAUCAUGGAUCUCAUUGUUGCCUCCGACAUCCACAUCCCCGGCCCGGAUACGAAGAUGACAAAGAUUUGGAUCAUCCAAGACAGCACCUUCCGGAAGAAGUCAGGUGAUAGAACCGGCGCAGGUCAGGCACCAGGCCCCGCUCCCGCCAAGGCCUCCUUACAGUCCAUAGCCGAUACCCUGAACCGGCUAACCAUCACCGUGGACGGCAUGGGCCAAUACAUGGAGAGGAUGGACUGGACGCUGCAAUGCCAACACCACGACAUGAGGGCGUUCUUCCGCGGCAUCAACUACGUCCCGCCGCCCUUUGACAGCACCUUCCUCAGCCAAAACUAUGAAGGCGAGGACGAUGAGGAUGACUCCUAUGCUCCGUCCUCCUCCCCCGACGAGGCCGACUUUGAGGACGCGGUCGACGGGGAUCCCAUGGACGUCGAGGACGACGAGGAUGAUGAUGACGCCGAGGACGAGGACGCCGAUGCCUAGACUCCUCCUUUCUUUCCUUUCCUUACUAUGAUUGCAUUUUUUUUAUUCUAUUGUAUUAUUUUCCCUUAUCUUUAAUGAAUAAAAGUUUUAAUUUCAUUUUGUUAAUGUCAAAAGGGGAAGAUUUCAAGGUUAUGCAUAAAUUGAUGGGGAAUUU